GCCUCUGAUCAACACGCAGCUUGGCCAGUGAAGUGGCCACCAUUGUGCACAGCCACAUAUUAUUCAGCAAGGUUUGGGCGCUCAUCUUAAAUCACCCUUCUCCCGCAGCGGUUGAAGCCUUCACACCCAUUAUCUCUUACUACAAUGAGCUCAAGCCAAUACCCAGUUCCACCACCAUCGUAUUUGCCGUCUGGCUCGUCUAGCAAGCCUGUGAAAUUUACUCCUGAGGACGAUGUCACUUCGCCGUUACUAGGUCGCUCCAGGUCCCCAGGGGGUGGGAUUUAUGAUCAGCCCCGACAAGGCGACCUUCCUGACGACUUCAAGUACGGCGUUACGGUCUCCGAGAGCUCCCCUGAGGUUCGAAGCGCAUUCGUUCGCAAGGUUUACACCAUUCUCUUUUGCCAGAUUCUCGCCACUUGUAUCGUCGCAGGCGGAAUCUCCCAGUCAUUUGAGGCUAUAGCUUGGGUUACAACACACACCUGGUCAUUCUAUGUCCCUCUCUUUGGUACCCUAAUCAACCUUGGGUUGCUGUACUGGAAGCGUCAUAGCCAUCCCCUUAACCUGGUUUUGCUGUCCACCUUCACGGUAAUGGAAGCAUUUACCCUCGGUGUCGUAACUGCGUUUUAUGAUAACAUCAUUGUUCUGCAAGCACUACUCAUCACGCUCGGUGUAUUCUUGGGCUUGACUCUGUUCACUUUCCAGUCCAAGUACGACUUCUCCGGUCUCGGCCCCUGGCUCUUUGGUGGUCUUGUCGCCUUGCUUAUGACUGGCAUGGUCGGCAUCUUUAUUCCGUUCAGCUCCACGAUGGACAUCAUAUUUGCAAUUGGCGGAUGCCUUAUCUUCAGCGGCUACAUUGUCUACGACACGUAUAUCAUCAACAAGCGCCUUUCGCCUGAUGAAUUUAUCAUGGGCUCGAUCAGUUUGUACCUUGACUUCAUCAAUCUUUUCCUCAACAUCCUCCGUCUCUUGAAUGACCUUCAGGACCGGUAGAUUGUUAAAGACGGGGUGGUGUAAUUUAUGCGCUAGUUUGUGGGUUAUGGGCUGAUAUCUCUUAUUGACGGACGGUUUCUAUGUGGUAUUCGUAUGUGACUGAACGACAGAAUGAUAUGAACUUGGUUCGUGCAUGUUUGGUGCAAGUGGAUUCAUUAUAAGAGCGUCAGACUAUCGU